AUGCCUUUCAAGAUAAAAGUGUCUGAUAGCGAUGAUAUUUGUCCCGACGAAAACAAAAACGAAGCUGAAGUGAAUAGAUUUCACAGAACAGCGAAGGAUAAAGAAAAAAAAGGAGAUCAUAUGCCUGAAACACUGCAAUGCUUCUUGAAUGCAACAUCUCUUCAUGGGGCUCGGUUCCUUUAUGCUGACAAUUUGUUGCGGCGAAUUGUCUGGGGCCUGGCUAUUCUAGCAUCUUUUUCAGUUUGCUAUUAUCAGUCGUACUUAUCAAUGAAAGAGUUUUAUCAAAGGCCGUUUAUUACGAAGAUUACCUCGAAAAGCCCAGAAAGAAACGAGAUAAUUUUCCCAGCGGUUACACCUUGCAAUUUUAAUAAUGCAAACAUGAAGAAGGUUCGAUAUACACUUUCUCGUAAUUAUGAUUUAAACGAGGAGGAAGUCGCUAAAAAAGCUGAUCAAAUUUCAAGAAUUCUUUUGCUGUCGAAAGACACUAUGAAAGACGACUUGGAUGGGAUUGACGAUUUAUUUCUACGAGAUGGGGAAGCAGUGCUGAAGGAACAUGGCCAUCAGAUUGAUGAAAUGCUCCUCCCAAAUGUUCCACCGACAUUUAUAUCUUGUUCAUUUGAUGGCUUGCAAUGUGGGGCAACCAACUUCACUAGCUUCAUUAGCUCAUUCUACGGGCAGUGCUUUACAUUUAACUCAGGCCGAAAUGGAGGACAACUCUUGAAAGUUAGAAUGGCGGGUAAAAACAGCGGGUUAAAGUUGCGCUUAAAUAUACAGCAAGACGCCUACUUGAAAAAUGCCAAGAGGCCGUUUGUUGGGAUGGCAGUUCUUGUACAUGAUCAGAAAAACUUUCCCUUUAUGGAAGAAGUCAGUCUUGGAGUUGCACCAGGGAUUCAAACCUUUUAUUCUUUUAAGAUGAAACAGGUAUUAAAAAAGUAAUACAACCUUUGAGAUAGCUGCACAUUGGCCGUUUUCACAAAGAGAGAAAGGUCAUCCGUCUCAGAAGGGCUAUUAUAUCGGUUGGAUAAUUCGAAGGUGAAAAAGAAAUUGUUUCAAUUUUGGACAAAUAAUCCGUCUGCCUUUAUUCUCUUAAUUUGUCUGCGGUUUAUCCGUCAAUUUUGACGGAUUUUGAAGACUUAUUAUUCGUAGACGAAUAAUCCGUUUCUAGCGUGAAAACGGCCAUCGGUUAAAAUAAUCCUGUAAGGUUUUGCUUUAGCCCUUUAAAAGGACAUUUGUUGGUAAUUAUAUAAUCAUAACUCUGAUUUGCGAACCUCCUUCGAAAAAAUAGUUAUUUUUGGUUUACUCUUACGAAUUAUUAAUGAUCAGGUUAAGGUAUACGUAUUGUUACCAUUGUUUUCUUCCGGAUAAACUUCGCCAUUUUUAAAAUGCAUUGAUAAAUAAACAUAACAAUAAUAUAAUAUAUAUUAAUUUAUACAGCCCAAAAUUCAACAAUGUUUUCAAAUGCACCUUACAAUUUUGAAAUAAAACUAAAAUAUAAUUUAAAAAAUACCAUUCAUUCAAAAAAUCAGUCUUGCUACCUUUUACGAUAAUUUAGAAGCUAUAUGAACAAUUCCCAUCGUCUUUAGUCUUUGUUGUUAGACUGUUUGAUUUGACACAUAGUCAAAGGUGAGAGGGUAUUAUGGGAAAUAUUUUUCGUUCAUUUUAAUGAUUCCCAACUUUUUGUUAUCGCUGCAAUCGUGACGGAAAAAAAGCUCAGCAAUCUCAAGGAUGAAAUGGAAAAAACAACCCCUCAUAAACUAUUGCAAAUAUCGCAUCGAUUGCAGGUGGUUUCUUUGUGUGUUUUGAAUCGAUCGUGGGUCGUAAAGUAAGAGCCGCGCGAAAGCUGAACAGAGAUCGAACAGGAAAAAGAUGAGGGAGAAAAGUUUUCUAUACCUUCUCUCUUUCUUUCGCCCCCUUCUUCAUCGUUUCCUUGUUGGACCUCCUCAACACCCGAACGAAAAACACACCAAAAAAAGCAUAUCCGGAUUCAGUUCUCUUGUGACCGCUAUUUAAAGAUAUAUAGCGUUUGUUUUACAAUAAGUCUUCUAGCAAGACUAAUUCAACUUAGCGGCCUCCAGUGUGUAAAUGUAUCUCAGGGAAGCCAUUUUCCAAAUCAGGAUGGCGGACGCUGAGAAAUUAAAAGACGGCCGCAUUCCUGCAUAGUUAUUCAGCUUCCGCGAUCAUAUUAAAAUUUGUAGUUUCUUUUAAUGCUAGGCAAAAGUGAAUUUCUAUAGCUGGGUGACAACUUAUUUUUAUCAAUUAAACUAAAGUAAUUAUUAAAACUGAUUGUAUGAAAGUGAACAUGAUCUUUGCGGGAGAAUGAACGAUGUAAGCGGUUGAAAAAGAACCUGAAAGACACGAAAAAUUCGGGCUUUUUUGGGAAUCGAACUCUGACUUUGCGAUGACUGGAGACAAUGUUCCAUCCAUGGAGAUAAUCAAGCCAGCUGCAAGGCAGAUCAUUGUGAGUUUGGAUUAUACCCCGAUGGUGGAAGUGAUAUGAAAUGAAAUACAGAACUUUGAAACGAUUGAUUGACUGUGCUGUCUUUUCCGUCUGCAGAUGCGUAGUUUGGAAGCCCCAUAUCAGACUAACUGCACCCAAAGAACAUUACAAAUGUUAAGCACUGGUGAUGUGUACAAUUACACCAAACUGGCCUGCCUUAAAAAGUGUGAAAACCAGGUUAUUGUCAAAAAGUGUGGAUGUCGACCUCCAAUGUUUUACGGUAACGUAUUUCCCACUUUAUAAAGGUAGUUUGGUUUGUAAAAAUGUUUCAGUAUCGCUUACAAAUAUUCAUCCUCCUCUAUGGGUACUUUCUUAAUCAAAAAAAUUUAAUGCUAUCUUUAUGCGCAUAGACUGUAUUCAGUGCACAAUUUGGCCUUAAAUUUUCCUUACUCUUCGACAAUUUCUCGAAAUUUUUACGGAUGGCACUUGAUUUAAUCAAGACAAAAUAGAAGCUUCUCUUGACCCAUUCAUAUUAGAGGUGUUCUUUCAAACGCACUAUUGAAAUCACUCAUGAUAGAGAAAAAGUAUGUACUCUUGGCCUGACAGUAAAUUUCAGUUGAUCUGGGGAUGUUGGUUUUUGACGCAGGUAAGCCCCUGCCUCGUGCUAACAGAGACGACACUAUAAUGCUAGCCCAGCUCGAGAGAGUACUUUCCUAACGCUAUGGUUUGCACGAGAAAAUGAGGUUAUUGCUCAUGAUCCAGACCAACAAUGACUUGGCUUCCAAGUCUAAUACACCCGUUUCCUGAGUGAAAAACAAUCGUCCACGCAUUUCCAGAGCGAUCGUUUUAGGUUUGUUCGAGUUUUUGCUUCCCUAGCAGAUUAUUGCCAUGAAAGGAAAAGCAUUUGUCAUUCUCACAUGAUUUUCUCAUUUUAGGGACAUCUAAAGUCUGUGCUCCGAAUGAUACAGUAUUUUGUGUUUUUCCCGCUCUUGGUAAGUUCUUAGUAAGAAUAUGAUCGUUAUUAAUGUAAAUAAAUGUACAUUGGACAAAGGAUGGCAUGAAAAAUACACGUUUACUCUGCCACUGUUGUAAUUCUGAUGUAAAAACCUCGCCGUCAAAAUCUUCCGCCCUACAGUAUUUAUUAUUUAUUUGUGCAUGACAAACCAAUUUUUCUAAGCUUCAAUUGAGAAGUACAGAUGAACAUUUGCUAGGUAGCAAGGCAGAUGUAGCGAUAGGCUGGUCUCUGUCUAUCAAUUAUUCAUUUCCCAUUCAGUCCAAUAAUGUCAAACGUACCUCCCUCCUUUUUUACGAGGGAAGUGCUAAAUAAUCGGCGGCUAAAAGAAAUACUCCAAUAGCAACACCACUACCCAUUCUUCUGCAUUUGCAACUUUUACUCUAAAAAAAGAUAACUUACGAUUAAAACUAAGACUUCUCUUAAUGAUCAGAGACUUCUUUUCCUUUGAAAACAAUUUCUAACAAUUUGUAGAAAGUCUUAUUUCAUCUGAGGAGCAAAGAAAAUGUGAAGAGGAUUGUCCACUACCCUGCGAGGAAAAAGAGUACGAGUCAUCUUUAUCGUACGCUCGCCUCGAGAGAAAUAUUUUUGAGGAACAUCUCAUGGCAUUUCUUAAGACAUCACCAACUCAUAACCCGUCGUUAUACAGUGAAUAUCAGCCAUUUCUCAACAUGACUACAGCAGAAAGGCGUGAUUUCAUAGAGUAAGUUGUCUAAAUCAAUAGAUAGUAUUUUAUGGGCCAUUCUGGAGUAGGCAAAAAAAUACACCUAUGAACUUACCAUGGUACCCUUUCACAUACCUAUUUACAGUGAGUCUUCUUGUCAUUUUAUACAGCGUUUAAUAAAUUAAAUUGAUUCAACCAUUACUGAAGAGCAUCUGUUCGAAAUAUUUUAGUUAACGCCUUUUUUUAAAAUAACUAAAUAACGAAUUUCACUACCCUUUCAUAUUUACAAACUUGUGAAAUCCAUACCCUUUUAAAUACGUAAAGUCUGCAAAAGGUACCCCUCGCGGGCGGAAGUUCCGCGUGUAGGCCAUCACGGGGAGCCAGUCCAGCUUAUAGAAUUAAAUAAGACUUUACUUACCUAAUUUUGUUUCUUCUUGUAGCAACAACAUCGUUUCCUUGGACGUCUACUUUAGCGAUUUACAUUAUCUAGAGUUCAAACAAGUGCCUUCUUUUGCGCCCUUUAGUUUCAUUGGUUAGUGUAUUACUUGUGGUUCAUACUCAGAGCUUAGGUUACUCUGCUCUAUGAUUACAUAAGAGAUGCAUUAAGUGAUGCAAGCACUAUUCAGUUCUUAGACGCCUGUUUAUACUCUGAUACUGGAUAGACUAAAGUUCCAAGCUAAACAAACAAUUAUCCCAAGUGUCAUGUGUGUCAGUGGUAUAUGAUAAAACCAGAAACUCAUCACACACAUAACGCCGUCAGCCCAAACCAUCAUUCGCCUCGCCACCAUUUACUUUAUGAUCACUAUCGCCGCAUUGCUUUCGCUAAAAUUACGUCUUAAUCGUAAUAAUCACAUCGUGAUCGCUGUUUCUCAGUGUGGUUACAGACGGACAACGCGGAUCGCUUUUACUACAUCGCUCUAUCAAGAGAUAAAUGCCGUCUUAGUGUCAAGUCUAAAUUAUCAGUUUCUAACUUAAAAUAUGUUAAAAUAUUAGUUAUCAUUUACGACUUUUUCUUGGCAGCCACCCUGGGCGGCUUCUAUGGUCUCUUCUUAGGAGCGAGCAUGCUAUCCUGGUGUGAAAUCAUGGAAUACUGUGUUCGUAAAAUAUACCACAAGAUGGUUUCUACUGACAGAAGGAGUAUAAAUUAA